AUGUCUCACCGAAAAUACGAGGAGCCUCGUCACGGUUCGCUUGCUUUCCUUCCCAGAAAGCGAGCCGCCCGACACAGAGGAAGAUGUAAGGCUUUCCCCAAGGACGACGCCAAGAAACCCGUCCACCUUACUGCCACCAUGGGUUACAAGGCCGGUAUGACCCACAUCGUUCGAGACCUUGACCGACCUGGAUCUAAAAUGCACAAGAGAGAAGUUGUUGAGGCCGUCACCGUCCUCGAGACUCCUCCUAUCGUCAUUGUUGGUGUUGUCGGUUACGUAGAAACCCCUCGAGGUUUGAGAUCAUUGACCACCGUUUGGGCCGAGCACUUGUCUGAUGAAGUCAAGAGACGAUUCUACAAGAACUGGUACCGAUCAAAGAAGAAGGCUUUCACUCGAUACACCAAGAAGCACACCGAGAACAACGGUCAAUCCGUUACUCGAGAAUUAGAGAGAAUCAAGAAGUACUGUACCGUCGUUCGAGUUCUCGCCCACACUCAAAUCUCCAAGACUGGUCUUUCCCAAAAGAAAGCUCACCUUAUGGAAAUUCAAGUCAACGGUGGUGCCGUCGCCGACAAAGUUGACUUUGCCAAAUCUCACUUUGAGAAGACCGUUGAUGUCACUUCCAUCUUCGAGCAAGAUGAACCCAUUGAUGUCAUUGGUGUAACCAAGGGUCACGGUUACGAGGGUGUUACCGCUCGAUGGGGUACUUCCAAACUUCCCCGAAAAACCCAUCGAGGUCUCCGAAAAGUUGCUUGUAUCGGUGCUUGGCAUCCUUCCAAGGUCAUGUUCUCAGUCGCCCGUGCUGGUCAACGAGGAUACCACUCCAGAACUUCGAUCAACCACAAGAUUUACCGAAUCGCCAACGGUUCAUCAGGUUCAUCAGGUUCAACCGAUUUCGAUCUUACUCAAAAAGAUAUCACUCCUAUGGGUGGUUUCGUUCGAUACGGUAUCGUAAAGAACGAUUUCGUUAUGAUCAAAGGUUCAUGCGCCGGUCCCGUUAAACGAAUUCUCACUUUACGAAAAGCCCUUCGAACUCACACUUCAAGAGCUCACACCGAAAAAGUUCAACUCAAAUUCAUCGACACCUCUUCCAACUUCGGUCACGGUAGAUUCCAAGAUGCUGCUGAGAAAAACGCUUUCCUCGGUCAACUCAAGAUUAAAUCUGAUGCUUAA